UCUCUAGCCGGGGGCGGUUAAGCCGGGCGCGGGCAGGAAGGGUGCGGUGCCAUUCUUAAAGGGGCCCGAGGAGCUGGCGACGGGCUGCCGACGGCCGGAAGGAAAAUGAGUGAGUCUUUGGUGGUUUGCGAUGUUGCUGAAGAUUUAGUGGAAAAGCUGAGAAAGUUUCGUUUUCGCAAAGAAACAAACAAUGCUGCCAUUAUAAUGAAGAUUGACAAGGAUAAAAGCCUGGUGGUACUCGAUGAGGAGCUUGAGGGCAUUUCACCAGAUGAACUUAAAGAUGAACUACCUGAACGGCAACCUCGAACCUUCAUUGUAUAUAGUUAUAAGUAUCAACAUGAUGAUGGAAGAGUCUCCUACCCUCUGUGCUUUAUUUUCUCCAGUCCUGUUGGUUGUAAGCCUGAACAACAGAUGAUGUAUGCUGGGAGUAAGAAUAAAUUAGUCCAAACUGCUGAACUAACCAAGGUAUUUGAAAUAAGAAACACUGAAGACCUAACUGAAGAAUGGUUACGUGAAAAACUUGGAUUUUUCCACUAAUGUGAACUUCCGUGUUUAUAUUCUAAACUAUUUGUGUGUUAACCUGACCAUACUGGAACCAGACAUAAAUACUUAUUUAUGCCUAAAAAUACACUGUUACUUACAGUUUGUUUCCUGCAGUAAAGAAAAAUUCUUCAUUUGUGCAAAGUUUGAACAAAGAGGAAAUCAUCUUCAUAGUAAUAAAACUUUGUAAAGUGUUUCCUUAUAUUUGUAACUAUUAGGUGGACAACUUUUCUCCAGGGACUUUUUGCACUCUUGUGACUAAUUUCUAUAACUUACGGUUCAGAAUUCGUUACUAUUUACAGACACUAUAGGAAAGUUGGGUUUUAGAUUGUGAGAGAUAAUAGUCGCCUCCUUUUGACAAAUAUUGGAUAUUAGAAGUUUAUAAGUGAAAAUAGUUUAUUAUCAUUUGAUCAUUGACAUUCAUUUGGGGCUGAAGAUGUGAAUCACCUAAUGUUGAGCCAUGAAUUGUAAUUUACAAGUGUAACCUACAUUACAAGUAUAGUUUUCAACUUCCCUACCUCUUUUGGUUUAUUUUUAUCUUUUUCAUCAUUUCUAGAAACUUGUCUUCAAUCAUUCCUUAAGGUCUGAAAAUUAGGUUUUUAUGAUGAGAGUUAGGACUUUUGGGUGUUCUUAUAGAAAAUAACAUCUUAGUCUUAGAAACUGGAAAGUUGUAAUGAUCAAGGGCUUCAUUCCUUUUUUAUUUUGCUGGUCCUGAGGCUUUAACUCUGGGCCUGGGUGCUGUCCCUGAGCACCUUUUGCUCAAGGCUAGCACUCUGUCAAUUGAGCCACAGUGCCACUUCCAGCAUUUUCUGUGAUUUGGUUGGAGAUAACUGUCCUACCCAGGCUGGCUUCAAGCUGCAAUCCUCAGAUCUCAGCCUCCUGAGUAGCUAUGAUUACAGGCUUGAGCCACUGGCACCUAGCUAUAGUCAUUCUUGAUUAUGUCAUUUCCAGACUUUUGAAUCUAGGUUAAUAAUGGUUUAUAAAGCUCCUCCUAACAUCUAAUGAACACUAAUUAUUUUAAAUAUGUUAAUACUGUGCCUUUGAUUUGUUAGCUUUAAAGUUAGUUAAGACUUUUACACUGCCAGUAUUCUAGAUUUGGCGAAACUAAUACUUUUUUAAAGGGCCCAAGUAAAACAGUUUUCUAAUAUGUGUAUUUGAAGUUUGUAAUAAAAUCAACUUCUUAUUUUUAAAAUUCCGACUAUCUACUUGUGUUGGUGAUACAUGGCAGGUGAGAAUGGUAACUUCAGGUUUAUUUGUGCUUAGUAUUGUGCCAUAUCUAAGAAUUACCUUAAAAUUUGGGCCAUAUUUAAUAACAACACAUCAAUAGAAGUCACAUCUUCUAUCCUAAACAUCAGAAGAUACUACAGACACCUGGAUGGUUGGCUAAAUCAGCCAUGUUAGGACAUGGCACACUACAGAAGACAAAAAUCCUAAUGUUUGCUAUAUUUUGCAAACAAAUGUAUAAGUAGCUGAAUGAUAAUUUGCUAAGUAGAGACUAGAGGCUAACCAAAUUUGGUGGGUGAAUUCUUAUAGUAAGGAUUUUGUAGUCAUUUCCAAACUUAAAAAAGCCAUUCUUUUUAUGUUGGCAUAUUUUCUAUUCAUAUGUUUUUUGCAUUUUUGUUUUGAAGGCUUUGUGCCAACUUUAAUAAGCAGGUAAUGGUAGUUGGAAUUCUCAAAAUAUUGAAAGGAACAUCUUCGGCUCCCAACAGUGGCUUUGCUAAUCUAGAUGUCAGAACACAAUGGCAAGUUGGGAGAUGAGAAAGUACUAGAGUAUGUAUUUAUUUGGGUUAAGAAUGGAAAUUUUCAUUUAUUCCAAUUUCCAGAGAGAAAAAGAAAUCUUCACUAGGAAGGUUUAGAAUUCUGUAAACAGGUAUUUUGAUACUGGAGAAUAACUUGCUUAUAAUUCUGUAGAAAUGUAAAUGUUUUGAAUGAAGGAAAUAAGGUUUUGUUUCACAUACUUUGCAUCAAGAAGAGAAACCAGUGCUGCAAGAAUGUAUAUUUUUAAUGAGGUUCCUGUUUUUUCUUAUAUAUGUUGUUUACUUUUUUUUAAGUUCCAAAAGUUCUCCAUUAGGUCAGAUAAUAUGACCUGCCUUUCUCAGAACUCUUUGUUUCCUGAUCCUCUAAUCAGGAGCUUUUAUUUAAAGGCUGAGAUGAGCUGGGUAUGUUUUUGUUUUUUAGCUUAUCAGUAAUGUUUGUUUUGCAAGGAAACAGAUUGAUAUAUGGGAUCCUAGACUUUUUUUUUCUUCUGUCCUAUUUAGGGAGAUUUCCAAAUCUUAUAUUCAGAAUUUCAUAAUUUUGUGUUGUUCUUUUAAAGAAAAUCAUACCCUGUCUAGUCUCUUUUUUUCUGCCUUUCCACAAAUAAUAACUACAGAUUUCACAAUCCCAAAUUUUACAUUCCAUAUCUUUCUGAUAAUAAGCAUUCCCAUUCAUUUAAUUUUAAUCCUUUUAGGCAGCAACUUUUUCCUGGGAACCUCCUUUGUGGUCUCCUAAGCUGGCAUUAGUUUUGAAAUUGUGGACAUGUGUAAGUUCUGAAUAGCAUCUAGUAUCAAAAUUGAAUCAACUAGUAAUGGCAGUAUGUAUUUAGGAUGUAUGGUUUUGUGGCAACUUAAAUGACAUGAAGAGAACUGUUCUCAGGUUAAUAGGCUGAAAUUCCAAAAUGUCUGAAUUUUGAAACAUCAUUUUGUUCUGGUUUUGAAGCAUAGGAAAAAAGUUAACUGAUUAUUUUUGUUUGAUUUCUGAAAUAAAUGUUGUCUUCUUCUAAAAAGUUUACUCAAUGACUAGUGCAGUUAAACAUAUUCUUGUUUAAGAGCGUGUUGCUAAAUUUUUUAAAAAUUGUCAUAAGUAAAUGAUCUAUGUGGUAAACAUUUGUUAGCACCUUCCCUCCCUUUCUAUCUCCUAUUUUCAGGAGUCAAAUGUAGCCAUAAACUGUCCUGAUCUGACACUUUACAUUUCCACCUAAGGUAGUUUAUUGCCAAAUUAAAUUUGGCUCUUUUCCUUCUACUCAUGUAGAUUAAAGAAAGUGUAACUAAAGGUUUGGACUACUUUUAGAACUUGAACAAUGUUGUUAAUCCACAUGUGGACCUAGUGAUGAAUGGAUAUUUUCAUAUGAGUUUAAAUGCUGAUAGGCUACUUGGCGGAAGCAGAGACUAACUGGUAUUCUACUCAUAGAAUUAUUCUUUGUAUGGUUGUUUGUCCCAUAGACUGAUAAUACUGGAAUCUACAAAGUUUGAGCCUUUACAACAUACAUGAAAAGGUGUAUCAAACAUUUCUCGGCAAAUCUUAUUUUGUAUUUCUGGAAGAAUAUAAAUAAUCUUCUAGGCCACUUGAAACCAAUGGUCCCAAAUUGAAUAUUCUUGAGAAACUUGUUUUCUUUUAGGCUGUUUGACAUUUCAAAUCAAUAAUCAUUCAUGUAAUGUUUAAAACUACUAUGUUAAACUUGUAAUGGAAACUGUAUUUUCUUGCUUUUUGGAAUAUAAUUCAUAAACAUAUAAUUACUUGAAUAUUAUUUAAGAUCACUGACAUACCAGGGCAAUUCCCACUGAUGUAGAUGGUCCAAUAUAAUCUCAUUCAGGAGGCUUGAAACAUUAUUGGUUGAGUCUUGUGAAUUUUAACAGUUCUAUGUCAUUCUUUAACAAAACCAUCAACUGGCACAACUUCUUAAGCCAGAGUUUCUGUCUCUGCUAGUUCAUAAUUGCAUGUUUAUUUUGGACAGUCUUUUUGUUAAGCAUGGUGCUUGUACUGGUUUAAAUAAAAUAUUAACGUGAAAAGA